AUGGUGAUUGAAUGGGGAACAAUGAUGUGUCUUGCUGCAUGCAAUGAAUAUGGAUUACUGCAAGUAGCAAGUAAAUUUCGUCUAUUGACGCUCAGUCUAAACUCCUCUUUCUUCUGGCACUACUCGUUCGUGUUUUGGUGGUCGUUCUCACCCUUUUUUCACGGACUGUGGGAAAACUCUUUAUUCAAGCUUUUUAUUUGUGACAAAACGCUUUGCUACUGCAUUCACUACCACUCGAUUUACGUAGCUCUUGCUUCAGAAUGA